UAAUAAUCUUUUCAUAAUUUUAUAUAAGUACCAACUACCAACUAACCAUAGUAUAUACGAUCACUCUCAAACUUGAGGCAACUCGUUACUCGCUCAAAUUUUAGCGCCUUGUACAUGAUUUUCUCCUUGAAACAAAGCGUGAACCUCCCAAAAUCUCUGUGCUCUAUAUUCCUGAAUUUUCACUAUUCUUCCUCCUCUUUUAUAAAGUUUACCAAAUUCUUCACUACAAUCCAACAACCUUUUAAUGAAUACCCAGAUGAACAACUUCACUACCUUCUCCAUAAAUGCAAUAAAGCUCAAACCCUCAAUGCAGUUAAAUCAUUUCAUGCUCUUACUGUUACUUUGGGUUCGUAUGCGAGACAAUCAACGUAUUUCACUAACAACGUCAUCUCUUUGUAUGCGUUAUUUCAAGAGUUACAUAAUGCACGCAAGGUGUUCGAUGAAAUGCCUGAAAGAAACUUGGUUUCCUAUAAUGCUUUAAUAAGUGCGUAUAGUCGCAAUGAGCAGGUGGAGGAUGCUUGGGGACUGUUUUAUGAUAUGUGGGUUUGUGGGUUUAGACCUACUCAAUACACUUUUGGUGGUCUUUUAUCUUGUGAUGCUUUGGAUUUGAGGAGGGGAUGUGUUAUUCAUGGGUUAAUGUUGAAGAAUGGAUUGUUUUUUGCUGAACCUCAUGCUGGGACUAGUUUGAUUUGUAUGUUUGGUAGACAUGGGUGUGUUGAUGAGGCGGUGCGAGUUUUUGAUGAUAUGCCUCAUAAGAGUCUGGUUACGUGGAAUUCGGUUAUUUCUUUGUUAGGAUAUCAUGGGUUUAUGGAAGAAUCUAUGGUUUUGUUUUGCAGGGUGAUUAGGUCAAGUUAUGUGCUUUCUGAGAGCACUUUAGUGGGUUUAUUGUCUGGUUUUGUGGGGCAAAAGGGGCAAGAAUUUGGACAACAAGUGCAUUGUUUAGUGAUUAAAAAGGGUUUGAAUUUUGAUGUUUCGACCUCAAAUGCUCUUCUUAAUGUGUGUGUGAAAUGUAUGGACUUUUCUUCGGCUGAAAGAUUGUUUGAGGAGUUGCCUUUUCGUGAUGUUGUGACUUUUAAUACGUUGAUUGGGGCGUUGGCGAGAAGUGAGGGAUCUGAGAGGGGACUAGAGCUGCUCUUGCGUAUGCUCUAUGAAAAUAUAUUGCCUAACAAAACCACGUAUGUUGGUGUUAUCAAUUGUUGUGCAAAUCUGCAAAGACAAUUGUGUGGAGAAUAUAUUCAUGCAAAGGUUAUAAGAAACUCGAUGAAAAUUGAUGUGUUUGUGGGUAGUGCUUUAGUUGACUUCUAUGGGAAAUGUGAUAUGCUGGUUUCUGCUCGACGUUGCUUUGAUGAAUUGUGUGAAAGAACUGUAGUAUCAUGGAACAGCUUGAUUGCAGCCUUCACUUCUAAAAAUGGUAGCACUUCUUUAGGUCUCUUCCGAGAGAUGCUUCAGUUGGGUGAUUGUCCUAAUGAGUUCACAUUUUCUGCAGUGCUGAAAUCAUCUUCUGUCUUUGAGUUGCAACAGCUUCAUUCUUUAACUAUAAGAAUGGGGUACCUACAAAAUGAGUAUGUUGUUACCUUGCUGAUUACCUCAUACACCAAAUAUGGACUAAUACAUGAUGCAUUGCUCAUUGCCAAAUCUACAGAGACACUACUUUCAGUGGUUUCCUCCAAUGUUAUAGCAGCUGCUUAUAGUAGAAAGAGUGAGCCGGAUAAAUCUCUAGAGAUCCUUUCUAGACUGGAUGAACCCAACACUGUUUCGUGGAACAUUCUAACAUCUACUUGUUCUCAUAAUGGUUAUCAUACUGAAGCACUAGAAGUUUUUAAGCACAUGCUGGAAGUUCAGUCUUAUCCUGACAAUUAUACAUUUGUGAGUGUCCUGAGUAGUUGCACCAGUCUGCGCUCCCUUGCUUUGGGUAGUUCCAUCCAUGGUCUCCUAAUCAAAUCCAACUUUGAACGUUGUGAUACAUUUGUCUACAACAUCUUAAUUGACAUGUAUGCAAAAUGUGGAUGUGUUGAAGAUUCAUUGAAGAUCUUUAAUGUUACACCGGAUAAAAAUCUUAUUACAUGGACAACUAUAAUUUCUGCCCUUGGAUAUCAUGGCUGGGUUUUUCAGGCUUUGGAAAGGUUCAAGGAAAUGGAAAACCUGGGAAUUAAGCCAGAUGCUGUAUCAUUCCUGGCUGUGCUUUCAGCAUGCAGAUAUGGAGGCUUAGUUAAGGAAGGGAUAGAUUUAUUUUCACGAAUGCAAAGAUUAUAUGGGCUUGAGCCUAAGAUGGAUCAUUAUCAUGGGGUUGUGGACCUAUUAUCCAGACAUGGGCAUCUAAAGGAAGCUGAGCAAGUGAUCAGUAGCAUGCCAUUCCCUCCAAAUGCUCUCAUAUGGCGUAGUUUCCUAGAGGGCUGCAAGAGAUGGACGGUAACUCAAAAGAACAUCUAACUUUGCAGCUGCAUUGAAGCUAAUAGUUCUAUGGAUAAGAAUCAUCAAUGGGCUACAAGCUAGUAUAUUAACUUUAGUAGAGGAGUGAUCAUGUCAAGUGUCAACAAUGCAUUAUAUGGUGAGUCUUCGAUGUGCUUCAGAUUUGCAAAUAUUUAAGCAAAUUUAUAUUUCUUAUCUUCUCAUUGUUCGGGAUUGAGCCUGGCAUUACAAGGUAGUAUAUUGUUCUUAUCUUCUCAUAUUUAUAUCAUCAGCAGCCAAGGUUAUGGCCUUACAGGCCUUUGUAAAAUUGUACAAGCAAUAUAAAAUAUGGAAUGCUCUUUUGGCUGUUGGUUGCACCACGAAUUCUAGCAGUCUGUAGAUGAAAAUGGGUAUUGGAGCAAGUAAUAAGUUGUGGUGCUUUCUUUUUAUGGGUCAUAGAGGAUGCUCUCCUGAAUAAAUGAGGGUUGAAGAGUGGCUGCUGUUAGAAGAUUAUCUUGGAAGACUAGUCUGUGCUGGGUAGUUACUUCAGGCAUGGGAAUAAGCUAGUUGUGGUGCUUUUUCUGCGGCUCCUCUUCUAUGGUUUCAAAUUCCAAUAUAUGUGUAGUUUGAACUAGUUACUUGAACAGGAAACAUCUUCCAAGUAGUAGGACUCUCCAAUAGUAGCACCAAUAAAAAAGUGCAACAAGACUUGCACCAGGCUACAUCAGGUGCUAUCAUUGCUGUCCUAAAUGCAUUGAAGAAGUUCCAAUCCAAGGAUUAGGUUCAUCACCUUUGUUUUGAUAAGUUAGACGUUGAUAAACAACCUGACGAGGAAGAAGAUCCUGAAGGGAUAAGUAUGUAUUCUCCACUUUAUCUCCAUUUCAUAUUAUUUGUUACUUUAAACUGUCAGUUCACUGCAACUUGUCCAUUGGAAAUGCAUAUGCAAUAGGAAAAAUGAUGGGAUCAAACCAACUAUCGUCAUUUAUAAUCCCUGAACCCCACCUACAAUAACAGAGCGUGCUAUUCGAAUAUGUAAUUUGUAUGGUAUUCUUCCCAAAAACUGUAUGGUGACCUACAAUAACCUCCUAACCAAGUCACCAUAGCCACAUUGCGCAAUUUAAAUGGCUGCCCAAUUAUUUUUUCUUUUUCGAAAUAAAUUUCCCUCCCCGUAUGGCCGUGUCUGUCGUUUCUCCUACAGCCUCCUCCCUUCCCCUUUCCCCAUGCCAACUACCCCCUCCUUGAACAUGAUACAGUCGCCAUCCUUCCUUUGCUAAUAUCUCUUUCUCCCUAGCCACCACAUUAGCUUUAAAUUCAACUGAAAAGAUAUGGGUAAAGAUAAAGCUGAAAUCUCUCGAUUUUCAUUGUUUUCCUUGUAAUUCAUAAUUUUGUUGAUUUAUUCUUGAAAGUGGAUCCUAUAUAUGUUAUAAUAGUGAUCACUUGAAAGGGAACUUGACUUUACUGCUCUUAGCUUGAGAGAGGCAUAGAUAGAUUAUGGAUGUAGAUUUUGAUUUUUGUCCUACAUUUAUUUACGAGAAACAUCAAGCUCCUACAACCUACGUAAAUCCAUAGUGUUGAAAGGUAGUUUACCCAAUUACUUUUUUCAUGACCUUGGCAGAGUCCCGGACAAUAUGAUAGCACUCCUCGUUUUGGAGUUGGUCUGGCGUAUUUUGCAUUAGCCUUUGACUUUAAGGCAGUUUUGUGUCAUUAUUUACGACUCGUUCUAGAUUGAUCAGUGGAAAAACUCUUGCUCAGGUAUCCUUUAGGCUCUGUAAAUCUGUUCCACAUUUGUUUUGUUCUAGAAUGUAUAUUCUAAAAGUUCGAUAAAAUGAAAUGGAAAUCAAUUACAGUUGAUUUGGGUACAUUGACCACCCAGUUAUUUUUGGAAAUGCAACACCCCAUAUAGUUGGGAUUAUUUCGGGAAGACAUGCAAUAGUUGGGAUAAUUCCUAUUAAUUUGUUAAGGAAUAAUACUUGUUAGUUUUAUUGCAAUUAUAUUUUCUACCUGUAUAUGCAUCAUAAGAAUGUAUGACGUGUCAUGUAUGUAUUAGUAUGGUUUAAGUUAGAAAUUGGGCAUCAGGCUCAACUUAAAAGUAAUUGAGUAUGCUAAUCGACUAUGUAAAUUAUGCGUGACUUUUUUUCUGCUAUGGUUGUUGGUUGUUACUAUAUGUUUUCUUUAUCAUUUUUUCCUCUAUAUUAUACCUAAUGAUAUACUUUCUUCUUCAUUGUUUUAGAAUCGUUUUAAAUCUUUACAGACUUGAGCAGGAUAUGUUGCUCCAAAUUGCAAUGACGGGUGGUAGAGAAAGCUGAGAUGGUCACUUUACUUGUAGCAGCAUUAAUUUACAUAUGAUUUUUUUUAGCAAUUUGAACAAUGGCGGGUUUGCUUUAAAAGAUUCCAACUUUUGAUUAUCUUCAGUUGGGAUCUCCCUCAAGUUGGGAACUUCUUUAACAAAUCGGGCCGUAGUUGGGAGUGUUAGCAUCAAUUUUCCUUUGAAUUUUCACAAUUUUGAAGUAUACUAUACUAUAGUGAACUGUACUGAAUGCAAGUGAACUAAGCUGGAAGUGAGCUCAAAAGAAUAGGGCCUAAUAGGGUAAGAUAGGACUACAACCGUUCUUUUUUCCUCAUUUAAACUCUUUUAGCUUGUUGAGGUUUAUUAAAAAAAUACCAUAUGGUUAUAUAUUAGGUGUCUGACAUAUUUAGAAUUUUGCUGAAUUUUAUGUAUCUUCAGUCUUCACCGUAUGCUGUUUGUUGAAGAUAUCCCUAAACUUGAUAAUCUUGUCACCAGACCAAACCCUAUUAAUCAAAAUUUGUGGAUUCGGGUUACUCUAAUAUGACAUUGUAGGACAGUGGGAGUACUCUCUAUGUGAAAUUUCUCAAAUCAUGUGGAUUCAGGUAAAUCUUACUCGUGUGAUGUAAUGCUUGUGCUAGCAUAAUUCCUUUUUGAUCACCAAUAUAUUCCUUGCUCAAAAUUAUGUGUGUAAUAUAUCUAAGAUGACCUGUCUAGUUCUCCUUGGCUCACACAUUCUUGUAGUUACAUUGUGAGUUGUGACUAUCACUUUGACAAAAAGAUCUGGAAUGAUCAGAAAAAAUCUCUUCUUUUUGUGAUCUGUUAUGUUCAUUGGAUGUGCUGUUGCAAAUUAAGUUCAGCAAUAACUUCCCAGAAAGAAAAAGCUUUUGACAGUUCUGUUGUGAAUUGUUGCAGAGUUUUCUCAGUAUCUUAUCAGCUGAGGUAGAGGAAACUUUGGUUGAAGCAAGGAAACUUGUCAAAUAUAUGCCAAACAUUAAGGUUAUACUAAGCUUUACCUAUGUGCUAGAACCUAGAAGUGCGCCAAGAAGCAAGAUUCAAUAUGGCUGAGCUCACUUGUGAGCUCGAAGAGCCUGGUGGGUGAAUAUAAAUUGCAAAGAGAUAUCUUACUUUGGCUUGAACUGCAAAAUUUUUGCAUUAGAGGGACAUUGUUAGUAUGGUUGGAAGAUGAAAGAAUGAAAAUUGAAGAGCAGGUCACAAAAGCGAAGUAGCCAACAUUCGCAUCAUAACGCACGCGCAAUCACAACAUUCGAUAUUGAACUUUGACAGUUUGAGAAAUAAUUAUUAUGAAAGUAAAGUUGUAACAUAAAUCUAGUGGUGUUUCAAGAAGCACGCUGUCUUAUAAAUAGAAACGUUUUCCUAUUCGAGAGGGAAAACAUAGGCAGAAGCUCUGGUUGGCAGCAGUGAAGUUCUUUUCUUGCUAAUAUAAGAGUUAAGACAGGACUAAGCUGGUUUGAUGAAUCAAUGUGAAAGUAUCACUUUUUUGGAAUUCAGAUGUAAAUCCUGCAAAUAGAGGAGAAGGAUUGGGAAUGAUAUUAGGGGUCAGUUGCAGGUUUAUGAAUUAUGAGGGUCAGAGUACAUCCAAGGGAAUGAAAUGAAUGGAGCUAAAUUCAAAUGGCAACAAAAGAAUCAGGGAUCAAGGAUUUUUAGUUGAUUGGUAAUGUCUAAAUAUCCACAACUUUAUGUAGGAUUUUGAGCAGCUUUUAAGUACUUUGGUUACCUUUAUGUUUAGCAGUUUAGGGUUUAGGUUUGUUUCACUAAUAUUGGCCUGACUACAUCAGACCUUCAGAUACAAUAAUUUGCAAAAUAGAAAUGAUGUCCUAUAUUUGUAUU